GCUCGUGUGACUAAUGCUCGUCAUAUGACUAGGCCACAAAUGGAGUCGUUCAUAACGAAUUGAACGUGUUUCAGGAAUUAAUCAGAAAACUAGGUUUUUUAAGUGAAAUAGUAAGUCGAAUAUGCCACCUACGCUGUUUCACAAGCUUUUCAAUAAAAGAAAUGCUUUUACGCUGCCGCCGAAAUGCGACAAGGACGAAUCCACGUUAAGGUGGAUGACUCCCAAAACACUGGUGCAGAGGGAGAGCCUGGGCCGGUGUGCUGGCGCUGCGGGGAGCUGGGACAUCUUCAAAGUCAGUGCUCCGCGAUGGAGGUGGGAGGGGUGGUCUGGAUCCCUGACAUGCCAGAAACUGCCCUCGAUCAGGCUGGAGCGUAUCGUAUACCACAGCUGGCCAUCUUCAGAGCUGGAGCCCAGCCAGAUCCGCCUCAUCGUCUACCAAGACUGUGAGAGACGAGGCCGAAAUAUCCUCUUCGACUCUGACGCUAAGAAGAGAGGCAUGGAGGAAGCCUCAGUCAUGAAGAUGUGUGGUGAGUCUCAAGCUAAAAUAUUCAGAAAGUGUUGUCCACUGAGGCCAACAGGUGGAAGCUCCAGUUCUCUGGACAGCAGUUCUUCCUGUGCCUCUGAGCCCAUGGAGCACAAUCGUUUCCAGGGUGAUUCACGCUCCUCCUCAGACCCUAACAUGCUGGGCGAGAUGAUGUUUGGCUCAGUGGCAAUGAGCUACAAAGGGUCUACGUUGAAAAUCCAUCAGAUUCGAUCCCCUCCACAGCUGAUGCUUAGCAAAGUGUUUACAGCACGGACAGGCAACAGUGUGUAUGGUAGCUUAAACACGCUGCAAGACAGUUUGGAGUUCAUAAAUCAAGACUCAAAGGCUCUCAGGCCAGAUCAGAACACUGUUGUCAGUGGCUUCCUGGGGAGCAUAGGAUUUUCUCAGCUGUGCAGCCCCCGUCGGGCCUUCUCUGAGCAGGGCCCUCUCCGUCUCAUCAAGAGCGCUUCUUUCUUUUCAGGUCACAGUAACCCUAUGGACAUGCCUGCCCGAGGACCAUACAAUGAGAGAGAGAGCGGUAUUGCAAGAUCAGCAUCUCUGAGUAGUCUACUGAUCACACCAUUCUCGUCACCUGGCUCUUCUUUCACCAGUAGCUGUGCCAGUAGCUACCAACGCCGCUGGUUACGUAGCCAGACCACCAGCUUGGAAAAUGGAGUCUUCCCCCGAUGGUCUGUAGAGGAGAGCUUUAACAUGUCAGAUGAGAGUGGUGUCCCAAGCCUCGGCAUAGCAAAGAAGAAGAAGAUAGCCAUUGGAGUCAUCUUCCUCCUGCCACCCAGUGAGGAUGAGAACAAGAAGUUCCAAGAGUUUUUCUUCUCCCAUUUCCCCCUGUUUGAGAACCACAUGAACAAACUGAAAAGUUCAAUUGAACAGGCAAUGAAGAUGAGCCGACGGUCAACUGAUGUUAGUCAGAGAAUCCUGGCUCACAACCGCAUUAUGGACAGCCUCAAUGAGUUCAGGAUGACUAUCUGUAAUCUGUACACCAUGCCACGUAUACCUGAGCCCGUCUGGCUUACUAUGAUGUCCGGUGCCCUUGAGAAGAACCAACUUUGUGGCCACUUCAUGCAUGAGCUCUCCUUACUUAUGGAACAAGCUUCAAAGAACCAGUUUUUUCCAGCUCUUCUUACAGCUGUGCUCACUAACCACCUGGCUUGGGUGCCUACUGUUAUGCCCAAUGGCCAGCCGCCCAUCAAGAUCUUUUUGGAAAAACAUUCCUCUAAAAGUGUGGACAUGCUGGCCAAGACGCAUCCCUAUAACCCCUUAUGGGCUCAACUUGGCGACCUGUAUGGUGCGAUUGGCUCACCAGUACGUCUCUCACGCACAGUGCUGGUUGGGCGUCAAAAGGAACUGGUUCAGCGGCUCCUCUAUGUGCUCACUUAUUUCAUCCGAUGUUCAGAGCUAUUAGAGACAUAUGCUCUUGAGACUGGAAAUGACGAGCAGGAUGAGGAGGCUUUUGCUCUGCCUGGAUCAGUUAUUACAACCUCGCUGCGCCGUGGAGAAGUUGAGGAGUCAGAGUAUGUGCUGGUCACUGUGCACAAGCCUAACCCAGAGGGCAGUGAAACAGGCAUGAAGGAAGAGCAGCAAACAGAGCACAUUAUGCCUGUCAUCACAGCUCAGGAUCAUAGUAGUAGUCAAGUCUUCCAGGAGGUUGGCAGCCCAUUAGUUAGCCCAUUAACAGAGACAGUGGUGAAAGUGGGCACUGCCUCACUGGUUACCCCUCUGCUAGAUGUACAAGGGCAAUCAGAUAUGUGUGACACUAAUGUGGUGCCCAACUUGUUGCCUGUAAAGAUUCUUCGGUCUUCAGGGAUCCCACUGGAAAAGAAGCCACCUGAUAAAAGCACAACACUGGACUCUUUCCUCCUGGAUGAGGAAGAAGAGGAGCCUGGGACUAGAGUGACCUUCCUUAUUGGUGAGUCCAUGUCACCUGAAUCAGACACAGAGGGCCAGAGGUGCAGGGUUGAAGAUGAGCUCAAGAAACAUAAAAUGGUUUUCACUGAAAAACCAAAGCAGCAGUGUUGCCAUGUAAAGCAGCAACGUAAUACUGUGCUGACUAAACCUCUAAUAAUGGACCAAAUUGAGAGUAAGGAUGCCCAAACCUUGUCAUACAGCCCUAGCAGUCUUCCUUCUAUUAACACAGGGGUCCAGGAGGAGUGCAUGGACCUGUUUGAUGAGUAUUUCAGUGAUGGUAACUCUGUGGAAACAAGGACUAUUGGCGAUGUCUCAAAAACAGCUUCACAGGAGAUUGCAGAUGCUGAAAAACACAAUCUGCAAGAGACUUGGAUGGAAUCCCUAGUUAGGACAUAUGAGCAGGCUUAUGAGAACAGUGAGCAGGCAACAUGUAAAUGUAGCACACACCCCAUCAACACAGGCUGCUGUAUGAAAUGUUCUGUUGAGCAGGACAAAAGCAUCCGAGUUUCACUCAGUAUACCAGGCCUAGAGAAAGAGAGUGAGCAGAAGAAGACAUCCCCCCUGAAUGAAUGGGAGAUUCCGCGAAAUGAGAGUUCAGACAGUGCACUGGGAGACAGUGAAAGCGAGGACACAGCACAGGAAAUAUCCAGACAAGAGCAAGAUGCACAAUUCUUCAGUGAAACGCAAACCGAUUGGCAUGAAGAGAUGGAAGUGCCGUUCCCUGGGGCAAAGCUGGCAGAAAACUACUCCAAAUUAAGCAUUGCUAACUUUGGGAGAUCACUAUUUGGCAGUUACUGUCCUACUUAUGUACCUGACUUUGUUCUACAUGGAAUUCCGAGUGACAGUAAACUGAGGCAAAGCCUUGUAUCUGACUUGGCCCACGCAGUGCAGCAUCCUGUAUUGGAUGAGCCUGUAGCUGAGGCCGUCUGCAUUAUUGCAGAUAUAGACAGGUGGACAGUGCAGGUGGCCAGUAGUCAGAGACCCAGCACAGAGAAUAAGCUUGGAAAAGAUGUUUUGGUCUCAAACCUUGUGUCAAACCUGCUACACUCAACUUACCAGCUCUACCGUCUCAACCUGUCUCCCAGCUUUUGUAUAAUGCAUCUGGAGGACCGACUGCAAGAGCUCUAUUUCAAGAGCAAAAUGCUUGCCGAAUAUCUGAAAGGACAGACCAGGGUGCAUGUCAAAGAGCUUGGCAUGGUUCUAGGAAUCGAGUCCAGUGACCUGCCCUUGUUGGCAGCAAUUGCAAGCACACACUCACCAUAUGUGGCCCAGAUCCUGCUGUAGAAGACAUACAUGGACACAUCCCCACUCCUGAAUGGCAGGGGUAGUUUAGGUUCUUUUGGAGCACUUUUUAGUCUGUUUGCUGAAUCUGAAUCAGAGUGAAAUUGAUACUUUCGGUUUGUUUGCUGUUUGGUUUGAUUUUACACUGCACAUAAACAAAAAAGCAAAAAAAAAAAAGAUGCCUGAGGGGUGUACAGGGCUGAAAACAUACUUGUAAAACUUUAACUCAUUGAUCAGAAAUAUGAGAAUGGAAAAAGGUGAACAAACUUAUGCCAAGCGCAUGGAGAAAUCACAAAUAUCACCCAAGCACAGAGAAUUUAAAGUCAGCGCUAAAUAAAUUAGGUAAUUGUAUUAAUAAUUCAUGUAAAACAUUUCCUGUAUUGCAUCCAGCAUCAUUUUUCACAUCUUUUUUUUUUUAAUAUAUUGCAACUUCUCCAGAACAUAUCCACAGUAUAUCUCAUUUCUGCAGUGCUAUGAUUCUGUCCUGUGGCUCAGUUUGCAUCUCAUGGAUCAGGUUAUACAGUCUCAGAUUCUUUGUUGUGGUCUGAAAACUUGAUUGUGAUUGCUGUGUUCUCACCUGCCUAAAGAACCACACCGAAGAGGAAAACACCAGUGCUUGAUACAAACAGAUGGAACGCUGUGUAUAUGCAAGCACCCCUAAAAGCGGUAGAAAAGUUUUGAGGAAUCAAAGUUCAGCCAGUAAAUUUCAGUAAAUGACCAGAAAUAUCACAUUUCAUUUUCACUUCAAAGACAAUAGUCUUUAAGAUUGUAUUUUUAUAUCGAGAUUAUGCUUAUUUUAGGCCUUUCCCCUGGAAUAAAACCCAAAGAAGAAAUACAAGAGGCAACAAGGUGAUUUAGAAAAAAAAUUAAUAAGACUUUGGCAGGUGGAUAUUGAAAUCAGUUUAAUUUGAUUUAUUUUAAUUUAAUUUUAAAUUAAAAUGCUCAGUAAUCUGAAAAUACUCUAAUGUGGUAAACAAAUAAUCAGUCUUGGUGUUUGGUAGCAAAAGAGGUGGAGAAACUCAUUGGUACAGCACUACCUCAAAUAAUUGUGAGUGAUUUGUACAGAGCAUUUUUACUGGCUAUGGGAAGUAUUUUUCUGCUUCCAUUCAGGUAGACAAGAUAAAAAAAAAUAAUAAUAAUCUAUGUUGCGAUGUGUUACCAAUGGAUUUGUAUACAACAUUUGUGUUUGAAAGGCAAGUGCUGGGAUGUCAUACAUUGAACUUUCGUCAGCUUUGCAGCCACUGUACCAUGUUUACUUCUAAAGAAAUGGAAUAGCAAAUAUACUCUAUGGUCAAAUGUUUGUGGACACCUAACCAUCACACCCAUAUGUGUGUUUUGAACAUCUUAUUCCAGAUUUAGUACCCCCUUUGUUGUGAUGAUAACCUUCACUCUUAUGAGAAGGCUUCCCAUUCAAUUUUAGAACAUGGCUGUGGGGAUUUGCCCAUUUCAGCAGCAAGGGUAUUAUUGAAGUCAGGCAAUGAUGUUGGGUGAGGAAGCCUGGAAUGCAGUCUGCAAGCCAUGUCUUCAUGGAAAUUGCUUUGUGUGCAGGAGCAUUGUCAUGCUGCAACAUGUUUUGGCUCAACCCCUUAGUUCAACGGAAGGAAAAUUGUAAUGCAACAACAUACAAAGACAUCCUAUACGAUUGUGUGCUUUCAACUUUGUGGCAGGCCCACAUAUGGGCAUGAUGAUCAGGUGUCCACAAACUUUUGAUCAUAUAAUAUGUCUGUUGAUCAUGUGCUUGGACAGUCCAAAAAGACUCUCAAAAGGGUGAUUUAUAAAUAACCUUAUAAAAGGAAUUUUAUAAGGUGGUAUUGAAUAAAUUUAUUAGUUUUUUACUCAUUUUAACAGACUUCUUUUGUUCUGAAAUGAGGCCAUUCAUUUGAGUCUUAACAUACCAUGAAGAAAAGCAACACAAAAAGAACAGGCUUUGCCUAGUUUAUUUUAUUUUACAAGUUAAAAAUAGUGACUGAGAUGCAUUUAUUCUUUGUCUUCUUGAAUAUGUAUUUAUGUUUAAUUCUUUCUACAUUAUCACAUUUAAAUUAUUUAGCACAGCAUAUCUUG